UAAAAGCCAAGCUUAUGUCUGUCUGUAUGUUAUCUCAGUGGAAAACAACAGAACAAACAAUAUUAAGAAAAAAAUAAAAUUUCCUUUCAUUUUCGAAUUUUUUAUUUUAGGAAAAUCUCCUGAAAUCAGUCCACAAUCUUCCCAGUUUCACUUUAGGAACUUUAAAAAUCUCCACAAAAAAAAAAAAAAGGGAAAAAGAAAAAGGAAGAAGACGAAGAAGAAGAGUCAGCUUUGCUUCCUUUUUGCUGGGUGUCUAUUUACAUGGCAGCUCACAUUGCCACAGCAAUGAAGCCCAAGAACAAUAACAGCAACAGUAACAACAACAGCAACUGUUGCAGCAAUGGCUACAGCAGCGAUGUCAGUAACGGGAGCGACAACAACUCUCCGAGCCCACCUCCAUCGCCACCGAAGCCUCGUCUUACUCUGUCCCUGUCGCAGUGCCGCCGUCGGCUGCGUUCCAAGACCAAGUCCUUCGUCCGCCGUGAAAACCUUGGUUCCGGCCUGAACUUCCGGCGUAAUCUCCGUUACUUGUUGCUGCUGCCACUUUUGUACAUUUCCGGCUUGUUAAUGUGUGUCGGUCCGUUUUCUGGGUUUUGGGGCUAUGCUUCUGUUCCCGGAUCAGUGUAUCGUAGCUACGAGAAUUUUCAAAGGCUUUGGGAUGAUAUUCGCUUUGAUAAUUCUUCUGCUCUUCAGUUGUCCUCUGUGUGGAAAUACAAAAGAAGGGUGAAAGUACAGAAACCUUGUCCAAAUUCGACGGCUAGAAAUCAUUUCUCCAUGUACAGAACGAGCAUAAUGGAGUCUUCUGGUUCUAGCGGUUACUUGAUUGUUGAUGCCAAUGGUGGUCUAAACCAGCAACGAUCUGCGAUAUGCAAUGCAGUGGCUGUAGCUGGACUCUUAAAUGCAAUACUAGUUAUUCCUCGGUUUGAACUCAACAGUGUUUGGAGAGAUCCCAGUCAGUUCGGGGAUAUAUAUGAUGAGGAGCACUUCAUAAACAACCUUAAAGGUUAUGUAAAUGUGGUUAGGGAAUUGCCUGAAGCAUUGAUGGAAAGAUAUGAUCAGAACAUUUCCAAUAUUCCAAAUUUCCGUGUCCAAGCAUGGGCUACUGUAAAUUAUUACUUGGGAGUUGUUCUUCCCAUUUUGAGGGACCAAGGAGUUAUCCGUAUUGCACCAUUUGCUAAUAGAUUGACAAUGAAUGUCCCAUCUCAUAUUCAGUUACUGAGAUGCAUAACCAAUUAUAAAGCAUUGAAGUUGUCUCCGCCUAUAUCAUCACUUGCUGAGAAGCUAGUGAGUAGGAUGAUUGAGAGGAGCUCAAUGACUGGUGGAAAAUAUGUCUCUGUCCACCUGAGGUUUGAACAGGAUAUGGUAGCCUUCUCAUGCUGCGUGUAUGAUGGAGGGGAAGCAGAAAAAUUGAAAAUGGAUUCUUUUAGAGAACAAGAGUGGAAGGGGAAGUUCAAACGAAAAGAUCGUGUCAUUGUGCCUGCUCUCAAUCGAAUUGAAGGAAAAUGUCCUCUAACUCCUGUGGAGGUUGGAUUGAUGCUAAGAGGUAUGGGAUUUGACAAUAACACCUCAAUUUACAUAGCCUCUGGGAAAAUUUACCAGGCUGAAAAACAUCUAGCUCCUUUACUAGAGAUGUUUCCUCUUCUUUACACUAAGGAGUCUCUUGCUACACCUGAUGAACUUGCUCCUUUUGAGGGGUAUUCUUCUAAGUUGGCAGCUUUAGACUACACAGUAAGCUUGUUCAGUGAAGUGUUUGUGACAACCCAGGGUGGGAACUUUCCACAGUUUUUGAUGGGCCAUCGAAGAUUUCUUUUCAAUGGACAUUCGAAGACUAUUAAGCCCGAUAAACGCAAACUCGUGGUCCUGCUGCAGGACAUGGAUAUCAGUUGGAAAGCUUUUAAGGAUGAGAUGGAAGUAAUGCUUGCGGAAAGUGAUCGGAAAGGGAUGAUGGUGCCCAGAGUUAAAAAAUUCAACAGAAAAACUUCCAUAUACACGUACCCUUUGCCGGAAUGUGCCUGUCUCCAGAGUUCUAAUAAUUCAACAUUCAGGCUAACCGAAGGUGCAAAUGUACUCAAUUCCCACCAUGAGUCUACAAGAUAAUAAGCGAAGUUCGUACGUCAAUUUAGUCCAAUACAGUGCAAUCAUCAAAUCAUAUAUAAGGAGCGUACUGUUUCUCUGUUUAUGGUUGUUCUACAUCGUCAUUGCUGCGCCUGAUCUACCAAGGCAUAUAGGGAUUGCAGCUUAGGCGGACGACUUGUUGGUUCUCCAACCUUGGAGUUCAAUACUCCAACGAUGGUGCUUCGGUUUUACUUAAAGAUACAAAUUUUGUUUUGCUUGCAGUGCGGAUGUAAGACUUAGAUGGAUUCGCGACCCUGAUCAAAUGAGGUACUGUUUGACAAGAUUCUUUUGUUUUUUUCAUAGUUAAUUUCACUUAUAGCAGGAGCGGGACAGCUUUCUUGUUCUUUUCUAUCAUAAAAUUCUGCAGAUUAUUGA